UGGUCAGUGAAGAGUGGGGAAGAGUAGAGAUGGGGGUGAGCAGGAGGCCGUAGUUGGAAGGCCGGGGGUAGUUCAGAGUUUAGGAAUGGGUGGGGCAUUUUCCCGGAAUGGGGCAGAGACAGGAACUUUGAGCAAAUACUUAAUCUCCACCCUGCUCACCAUAGAGCAUUUGGGACAUGCCCUGUCCCCGUUUCCCAAUGGCGCAAACGCGACUGAAUGAAACCGCAUCCCGGGGUGUAUCGGUCGCCAGAGCCGGGAGUCAGUCUCCCCAUUGGCCUCGCGGGCCUCCGUUCCUGAGCCACAGGUGAUUGGCUAGACCUGGCUAAUGUUUACAUAAACCCGACCAUAUAAAGUAGGCAUUUGCUCAUUCGUGCGCCCGAGUAGCGCAUCCGCAAGGUAUUCAAGUAGUGGCAGGCUGGGUCAGUAGACCUUAGACUCCAGUCCCGCGCAUCUGCCAAGCGGCAGGGACGAUCCAGUGCCCCACGAAAGACACUGCCGAUUCCUGAUGGCUCUGCAGGCGGUCACUCCGCAGUGGCCGGGACAGCGAGCGCUCCCCGACCGCACCGGGCAGCGGGGACAGAGCGCACCCGCCCUCUCGGGCGCCCAGGCCGGGCGCACCCCUGGCCUCAGGGCUCUCAUCUUCGCCGUCUUGGGCUUCGUGCUGUUGGUUGCAGCUGCCUUAGCCAAGCCCACAGGGCAGGACCGCAUUCACCAGCAAUCAGCUGCCUCACCAGGAUCGAAGCGCAGCUUCUGGAAGUUGUGUCCGCCAGGAUCUCAUAUGGCAGAAGCCAGUGGAGAGUGUAUACGGUGCACGGAUGGGGUGGAUUACACCAGUCAUUCAAACGCCCUGUCUUCUUGCUUACUGUGUAGGGGCUGCAAACCAGGGGAAGAAGAGAAAAGUCCCUGCACCGCAACCAAGGACACCAAGUGUCAGUGCAAACCUCACACUUUCCGUGGAAAAGACUCCCCUGAAUUCUGCCACAAGUGCAGCACCGGGUCCCUGGUUCCUGGAAAGCCAGUGACCAUGAGCCCAGGGCCGCCCACCACUCCUUCUCCCUCCUCAGGCAAUUCACAGCUGGUGCUUGGAAUUGUAAUUACCUUUGGCCUGCUGGGGCUGGUGCUGAUUGCAUAUUGUUUGUGGAAGUUCUGCCGUCAAGGUUGUGGAGUGGACCCCAAGUGCAUGGAAAAAGUCUUUUUCUGGCGCUCACAUCCCCCAAGAGGGCCUGAGCCUCUGGACAAUGCUCGCAACAACAUGCUGAAUAGCAGAGAAUCACUGUCCACUGUGGUCUCUGAGCAGGAGACAGAAGACAGAGAGCAGGCCAACCUGAGACAUGUUAUGGUGCAGUCCCCGGGGGAAGCAGAGCGUCUGCUGGAACCAGCAGGAGCUGAAGGGUCUCAGAUCAGAAUGAUGCUGGUUCCAGCAAAUGCUGUGGACUCCAUUGAAGGCCUGAGGAUGUUCUUCGAUUACUUUGCAACCGUCGUGCCCUAUGAUUCCUGGAAUGCGCUCAUGAGGCAGAUGGGCCUGACACAAAAUGAGAUCCUUAUGGCCAGAGACAAAGCCCGGGCCCCGCAGGAUGCCUUGUAUGAAAUGCUGGAGGCCUGGCUCAGCAGCAAGGGGAAGGAAGCCUCCAUCAACACCCUGCUGGACGCCUUGGAAACGCUAGGGGCAAGAUGUGCAAAGGAGACAAUUCAGGACUACCUGGUGGGCUCGGGAAAGUAUGUCUAUAAAAAAGGUGAAGCAGGCUCUGCUGUGUCCUCAGUUUGAGAACCUCACUCUUUCCAUCCAGGGCACUUUUUAAAGUGCCUCCUGGACUUGCACUUUUUAUUUGUAUUUGUUAUUUUGUAGCAUGCAUGUAUGUUGGAAUGUGUGCAUUUAAUGAUGGGUAAUUUGUAAUACUGUUUGUCUUUCUAACUUUAUACUUUAUAUGAAUGUUUUUAUAUAUAUUUAUACAGGUACAGGAAAACUUUUUUACAACUGUCUGGGUUGUUUACAUGGGUUAUCUGGUUGUGAGCUGGCACUUAAAAACUAUUUGAAAUGCGAAAGGAAAGGAGGAAAGAAGUCCACUGCUGGAGCACUGGCAAAGGCAGUUUGGCCACUUUUGGGUGCCUUGUCGCUUCUAAAGUGCCCACCAUUUCCAACUGAUAAUUUUAUAGGCGUGGGAUUGUUUACAUUAUUUAUUGCUAAAUGUUUACUUGUGAAUAAAGAGUGAGGAGAAGUGGCAUCCACGUGCA